AUGGAAGGGAGCUGUGAUAAAGAAAAGUUCAACGAGUUCAUCCUGUCAUGGGUGAUUCCAUGCAUGAACCAAUAUCCUGGCCCUAAUAGUGUGCUUGUCCUGGAUAAUGCAAAAAUUCAUCAUGGAGGAGAGUGGGUCUCUAUCGUUGAAGGACUAGGUGGACGAGUGCUCUAUCUCCCUCCAUAUUCGCCAGACUUCAAUCCCAUUGAAACAUCUUUUGCUGUAAUCAAGAGUUGGCUUAAGAGGCAUCGUGAUUUUGUCACAUCAUGCAAUGACCCUACUUAUCCUAUUCUGAUUGCAUGCGGUCAGAUUACACCUGACAUGGCCAAAUCUUUUUUCAAAGCAUCCAUAUACUUUUGA